AAACGAAACUUAUGAAACGUUGUUGUCUCGAGCGCCCUCUUUAUUUUGUUUCAAAAUUUUCUAUAUGACUCGUCAUUGAUGUCGAUGUUAGACGUGGCUUUUUAAAUAAACAGAAGUUUCUUCAGCCGGCUGUUUUGUUUUGGGGAUUGAGAUGGCAGCUUAUCAAACAUACCAAGACUUCAUUCAGCAGAAUGAAGAUCGUGAUGGCACUCGCUUCACAUGGAAUGUGUGGCCUUCAAGUCGGCUUGAAGCAACACGUCUUGUCGUGCCUUUAGCAUGCUUAUACACUCCUUUAAAAGAACGACCUGAUCUGCCCUUUAUACAGUACGAUCCAGUUGUUUGUGGAAGACAAAAUUGCCGUGCUGUUCUAAAUCCUUUGUGUCAAGUGGAUUACAGAGCUAAAUUAUGGGUUUGUAAUUUCUGCUUUCAACGAAAUCAGUUUCCACCUCAGUAUGCAUCAAUAUCUGAACAUCACCAGCCAGCUGAAUUAAUACCACAGUUUUCUACGAUAGAAUAUACAAUCACAAGACAACAAUGUUUACCACCUAUAUUCCUUUAUGUUGUGGACACUUGUAUAGAUGAAGAUGAAUUGAUGGAGCUGAAGGAAUCUUUGCAGAUGUCACUGUCUUUGCUACCUCAGAGUGCUUUGAUUGGCUUGAUAACAUUUGGGCGCAUGGUUCAAGUUCAUGAACUAGGAUGUGAAGGUAUUUCCAAGAGUUAUGUCUUCAGAGGAACAAAGGAUUUAACAGGAAAACAAAUACAGGACAUGUUAGGAAUUGGGAAAUAUUCCCAAGUUCAACAACCAGGCAUGGUGCAGCAGCCAAGAGGAGUCCCUCCUCAAACAGUACCCCCAGCUAACAGGUUCUUGCAACCUGUGUCAAAAUGUGACAUGAGUCUGACUGACCUUUUGGAAGAACUUCAACGGGAUCCAUGGCCUGUGCCCCAAGGCAAGAGACCUCUCAGAUCUACUGGUGUUGCUCUUUCUAUUGCUGUAGGAUUGUUGGAGUGUACUUACCCUACUACAGGGGCCCGUAUUAUGUUAUUUGUGGGUGGACCAUGCACACAAGGUCCAGGUGCUGUUGUAGGUGAUGAGCUAAAGUCUACCAUUCGUUCUCAUCAUGAUAUAGAAAAAGAUAAUGCAAAGUACAUGAAGAAAGCUAUCAAAAUGUAUGAAAACUUGGCUGCCCGAGCUGCUGCCAAUGGACACAUUAUAGACAUAUAUUCUUGUGCUUUGGAUCAAACUGGCCUACAUGAGAUGAAAUACUGUCCAAACUUUACUGGUGGACACAUAGUUAUGGGCGAUUCAUUCAAUUCAUCCUUGUUCAAACAGACCUUUCAACGUGUAUUUACUAAGGAUCCUAAAGGCGAGUUUAAAAUGGCUUUUGGAGCAUCUCUUGAAGUGAAGACGUCUCGGGAACUCAAGGUGUCUGGUGCUAUCGGAUCUUGUGUCUCACUGCAUAGUAGGAGCAACAGUGUUUCUGAUACUGAAGUCGGCAUUGGUGGCACAUCACAGUGGAAAUUCUGUGGUAUUAAUCCAGGAAAUACGGUUGGCAUCUUCUUUGAAAUUGUGAAUCAACAUAAUGCUCCAAUCCCGCAAGGGGGUAGAGGAUGCAUCCAGUUCAUUACUCAGUAUCAGCAUUCCAGUGGACAGAGGAAGAUUAGGGUGACCACUAUAGCUAGAAACUGGGCAGAUGCUUCCACCAAUAUCCACCAUAUUGCAGCAGGAUUUGAUCAAGAGGCAGCAGCUGUAUUGAUGGCUCGGCUUGCAUGCUUUCGAGCAGAGGGAGAUGAUGGUGCAGAUGUUUUACGGUGGCUGGAUAGAACUCUCAUUAGACUGUGCCAAAAAUUUGGUGAAUUCAACAAAGAUGAUCCAGCUUCUUUUAGGUUUUCUGAAAACUUCUCCUUAUAUCCUCAGUUCAUGUUUCAUUUGCGAAGAUCGCAAUUUUUACAGGUUUUCAACAACAGCCCUGAUGAAACGUCCUAUUAUAGGCACAUGCUGGUGAAAGAAGAUUUAACGAAUUCUCUCAUUAUGAUACAACCUAUUGUUUAUGCGUAUUCCUUUAGUGGUCCUCCUGAACCUGUCUUGUUAGAUACUAGCAGCAUACAGCCAGAUCGCAUUUUGUUAAUGGAUACCUUUUUCCACAUUGUCAUAUUCCAUGGAGAAACUAUUGCCCAGUGGAGGAAAGCUGGCUAUCAGAAAUCACCUGAACAUGAAAAUUUUCGUCAGCUUUUGCAAGCUCCAAUUGAUGAUGCACAAGAAAUCCUUCAAACUCGGUUCCCUAUGCCUCGCUAUAUUGACUGUGACCAAGGAGGCUCACAGGCUCGAUUUUUGCUUUCAAAAGUCAAUCCAUCCAUUACCCAUAACAACAUGUACAGUUGGGGACAAGCUCCAUCCAGUGCAAUGGAGGGUGCUGGUGCUCCUGUUCUUACUGAUGAUGUGAGUCUUCAAGUGUUUAUGGACCAUUUAAAGAAACUGGCUGUUUCCAGCUCUUCUUGAGAAUCCAGUGAUGUGGUGUUUUAUAAAGUGUGAACUAUUUACAAUUUUGAAGAAAAAUAUUUCAUUUCAGUUAUCGAAAAUUUCAAAAAUGGAAAUGUCUGGAAGAAGUGAAUAUGGCUGAGUUGAAUCAGUUGUUACAUUUUGCUCAAUUAAUAUUUCAUUUCUUUUUAUAAAAUUAUAUUUAAUAUCUCUUUAAUACCCAUUUAAUAUUUUAUGUAAUGUUUCAUACAAAAUAUUUAUUUCCAAUGCUUUCCUUAUUUUAAUUAUUAUAGUUUAUAUUUUAUGAUUAUCACUUGUACUGUUGCUCCGUUCAUGAUCAAUUUGAUUUUGUAGUUUUAUUAAAAUGUACUAUAAAUAUGAAGCGAAUAAAAUUCAGUUAUUUAAAUUUA